CCUCUCUCACCGUCUCACCGUCUCACCGCUUCGAAGUAACAAUGCCGCAGGGAGAUUAUAUCGAUUUGCAUCAGAAGAGGCAUGGACGCCGCCUCGAUUACGAGGAGCGCAAGCGCAAGAAGGAGGCGCGUGCAGUUCACAAGCGCUCCAAACAGGCUCAGAAUUCUAUAGGUAUAAAGGGUAAGAUGAUUGCUAAGAAAAACUAUGCUGAGAAGGCUCAAAUGAAGAAAACGUUGAAGAUGCAUGAGGAGAGUUCAUCAAGGCGUAAAGUUGAUGAGGAUGUUCAGGAAGGAGCUGUUCCUGCUUAUCUUCUUGAUCGUGAGAAUACCUCUCGUGCCAAGGUUCUUAGCAACACCAUUAAACAGAAGAGGAAAGAGAAGGCUGGGAAGUGGGAGGUCCCUUUGCCAAAGGUCCGUCCUGUGGCUGAAGAUGAGAUGUUCAGGGUGAUCAGAUCCGGGAAGAGAAAAACUAAACAAUGGAAGAGGAUGGUAACGAAAGCUACAUUUGUUGGACCUGGUUUCACAAGGAAGCCACCAAAGUAUGAGAGAUUCAUCCGCCCUUCUGGACUGCGUUUCACCAAGGCCCACGUCACUCACCCUGAACUAAGAUGUACUUUCUGUCUUGAGAUCAUCGGGAUCAAGAAGAAUCCUAACGGUCCAAUGUAUACAUCACUUGGUGUCAUGACCAGAGGAACAAUCAUUGAGGUCAAUGUGAGUGAGCUUGGUCUUGUUACACCAGCUGGAAAAGUUGUUUGGGGGAAAUACGCUCAGGUGACAAACAAUCCAGAGAAUGACGGAUGUAUAAACGCUGUUCUGCUUGUGUAAUCAAUAUCGCCGGCAAGAAUCAUGUUGUUUACUUUCUUUCUUUUCUGUUUUGUUCUUUCCUUAAAACAAUUUUGUAUGAACUAGAACCUUUAUGUAUCAGUGUGGUUUUAAUACAUUUUAAUCAAGCCUCUUUCCUG